AUGUCCAGCCAAAUUCAAAUAGAAGAAACAAUUUCGAAUGAAAACUCUCCGUUAUUACAACUUCAACAAAAAUACCCAUCUUCCUAUGUGACUCGAAAAAUAGUAUUCAUACUUUUUUCGUUAGUUCUAGUUAACAUCGGAGUAUGGAUUGCAACUGCAGUUGCAUUUGUAAAUUAUCCGACAUUGAUGGGCACUGCUGCAUUGGCGUAUACUUUGGGUUUACGUCAUGCCGUAGAUGCUGACCAUUUAGCAGCAAUUGAUAAUGUUACCCGAAAACUAUUACAAUCCAAUGGCCAUCCGACAACAGUUGGACUAUUUUUUUCGCUCGGACAUUCAACCAUAGUAAUCUGCGUUUCAAUAGCAAUUGUAGUUACCACAACAACUAUUAAGGAAACAUUCGGUGAUUUCGAAAAAAUUGGCGGUCUUAUUGGUGCUUCAAUCUCUGCCGCGUUUCUUUUUCUUAUCGGAUUAAUGAAUACGAUAGUUUUCAUCUCUGUCUUCAAAACGCUCAGACGUAUGAGACAAACUGGGACAUUUGAAGAAGAGAGUAUCGAAGAGAUUAUGAAUAGUGGCGGUGUUUUGGGAAGAUUCUUUAAGCCUAUCUAUCAAUUUAUAGAUUCGAGUUGGAAAAUGUAUCCAUUGGGUGUUUUAUUUGGAUUAGGAUUCGAUACGAGUACCGAAGUUGGAUUGUUGGGAAUUGCUGCAGUUCAGGCAAAUCAUGGAUUACCUGUUUGGUUAAUCAUGUUCUUCCCCUUGUUAUUUACGGCAGGAAUGGCAUUGAUUGAUACUGCUGAUGGAAUAUUAAUGCUAGGUGCUUAUACAUGGGCUUACAUUAAUCCCAUCAGAAAAAUCUAUUAUAAUCUUGUUAUCACUUUCCUUUCCAUUGUUGUCGCAUUCGUGAUCGGUGGAAUUGAAUUACUCAAUAUUAUCGGGGAUAAAUUAGAAUUGGAGGGACCUUUUUGGGGUUUCUUUGCAAUGUUGGGUGAUAAUUUCGGCUUAAUUGGUUAUUUAAUUCUUGCAUUAUUUGUGGGUACUUUUUUGAUUGCGAAAUUAUUAUAUAGGGUGUUGGGUUAUGAAGAAUUAGAACAUAAAUUUGACGAACGAGAUGAAGAAGGGACUAGUGUAGGUGCAAAUAAUGGAAAGCCAGCAGAAUUGGAAUUAGAAGAUGCUGCUAUUUUCUCGGCCCUAGACCGUAAACUUGAACGUUAUCGUAAACGCAGAAUAUUGCAUGAACGAGCUGGUCGUAUUCCAAGACCAAAUACAUCCUCAUCUUCGUCUGAUUCUUCAAAUCAUGAACAACAAAAAAAUAAUUAA